UGUGGUAGAAUUGAACGGGAGAAUCGUAGAAAGCGAAAGAGAACUUAGAAGCUAGACCAGAGUCUGAAUGAAUUGCCAUGAUAGCAAAUAUUUAUCCAGACGCUUAUGUGCGAUGCAUUGAUUGGAUGAGACAGGAAAACCUCGCCGCAUUGACGAAGACAACCUUUCGAAAACUUGCUAACCAGUGUGAUCAGAGCCUUGACGUUGGCUGCGGGACGGGGGACUUUACAAGGGAUGUGCUACCGCCGAGGCAUCAUUCGUGCAGCAAGAUUGUAGCAGUUGACGUGUUAUCAUCCAUGAUUAGCUACGCGAGAAGAAAUCACGGACAUUCGCGUAUCAACUUCGAGGUCCUUGACGUAACCACGCCAGAUAUUUCCAUAUUUCUGGAUGAACACGGAAAGUUUGACCGGAUUUACUCCUUCUGUCUGAUGUGGACCAGAAACCAGAAGGCGGCUUUCAGGAACAUCGCUAGGCUUUUGAACGAUGAAGGAGAGUGUGUACUUCUUUUUUCAGCUCCAUUUCAUCUGUACGACGUAUGGCUAGAGAUGGCCAGAAUGGAACGCUGGGAAGGCAUCCUUUGUGACCCCAAAGACCUAUUUCCAGACAUCUGGCAUCGCGAUCCGUCGCCAAGCCUGAGCGAUCUUGAAAAUUCUCUUCGGAAACUGAUUGCCGACGCAGGAAUGACCACCCUCGCAUGCGAGGUUUACUCGACAGAAGCCUUCUACCACAGCCUUGCAGAUGUUCUGGACGACACGGAAGGGCAGUCUGACCCCCCGGGAGUUGGAGGGGAAUUGUCUUGGCCUCAACGUGCAUCACAGUUGGCAGACAUAUAAGAUAGGCUGCUCUGAUAGUACCCUGCGCCUCGCGGAGCAGACGUUUAGCUC